CUUUGUAUAUUGGAUUAUCAGAAACCGCUUCCACGAAAAACAUCAGAAUCAACGCGACAUUUGCGCUGUUUUUUUGCGAAUCAAAUACGGAUGCUAUUUUCAACUGUGUUGAAGUGUUUGGUUUGCAUUAUUGUAACAACAAUUCGUAUGUUACGCAACUCUAUCAAUUAGAUAGGGUAACCACACAUAAUGACUAGUUGUGGCAACAAUAUACGUUUCACGCAGUCAUAACGAAUUGCUAUCAAAGCAUCCUUUCUGUCACAUGACGAAUGAUAUGGAGAUUAAGCUUGUGUUGUAUACUUUUGUAGCUUUGUAUAUUGGAUUAUCAGAAACCGCUUCCACGAAAAACAUCAGAAUCAACGCGACAUCUGCGGUGUUUUUUGACAUUACAAAACCAACAAAAUCUAGUAAUUAUACACAAAAUGAAACAGUGAAAAUCGUUAUCGGACUCUUUGAUGAAGAAGUGCCUAAAACAACAAAAAACUUUCGCACAUUAUGCACUGGGGAGCUCGGUAUAGGUUACAAGGGAUCAACGUUUCACAGGGUUAUUGAUGGAUUUAUGAUACAAGGAGGAGAUUAUGAAUUCGGAGAUGGAACUGGAGGUAAAAGUAUUUACAAGGAGCUUGGAGAUUUUGGAUUUUUUGACGACGAAAAUUUUAAAAUUGACCACUCCGCUCCUGGGUUCGUAAGUAUGGCCAACGCCGGUCCAAACACGAAUGGUGCUCAAUUUUUCAUUCUUCUCGAACCUGCGCUUUGGCUCGACAAUCGACAUGUUGUUUUCGGUAAAGUACUGGAAGGAGAGAAAUACGUUGAAGAAAUCGGCAAGAUUCCGGUGGGCAAAGAAGACAGGCCUAAAUAUCCCAUUGUAAUAUCAAAAUGUGGAACGUACGACUUGAAGAGGCCAAUACCCAUUGAUGGAUCUAGUACAACUUUUGUACAUGGCGAACUUUGAGUUCAAUCGCAAAGACAAUAAUAAAUGUGAAUAUUGACGUAUACAUUACGUGUGCCAAUCACUGAAUAAAUAGUUAGAGCAUUUAAUGCGGUUGUGUGUAGAAAUAUUAGUCUUACGGGCGAUUGACUCGUGACCAUUUUGUGGCCUAUACUACAAGAAUUUAUUAUAUUUGAAAAUGGUUUCGUCAAAUUUAUAAAUAUGUCUUGCAAGAUCGUGUAAAAUCUUGUUAUUAUUUUGUUCGCUUUAUCAUUUAGUAUGUUAUGGUAUAUUGC